UCUGAAGGUCACUUAACGAUAGGAUUCUCCAAUUUCAACUUAUACACACAUAUUCAUUUUUCUGUUACUCAUGAUGAUCAAAAGCUCUAAUGGAUUGAAAUUGACACGAAUCCUGUUAAUUCGAGCCAACAACAGUCAUAAAUUAGCCUUUUCAUGUGAAUGUGUGGCCGUCAAUCAUUCAGGAGCUAUGGAUUUCUUAUUAAAUGCCAUACUGUUUAUUGCACUGAAUCCCUUGCACCGAGUGUCUGGCCUGGUAGUUUAUAACCCCAAGAACCCGAUUCGUCGGGAAUCUUUGCAAGGUAAGGUUCAAGCAGAGGAAGAGGAGAAACGAUGGCACCGGGCUCAAUCGACCAGACAUACCCAUUUCAAUGAAAGUGAAUUUUUAGGACCAGGAGAGAUUCCCUUGGAACAAGUCCGAGAUUUAGAGUCGUUCCUUCUAGGGGCUCAAUUUGGCCAGAAAUUUAAGAGUCGUUCUCUUGGGAACUUACCGAACAACCUGAAAGGUUCUGAACACAAAGACAAAAAUGCUUUGAGACACCGAGGUUAUGGAGGUUCCACAUCGACAUCAAGGACACCGGAUCCUAAUCCUUGGAAAACUGCCCGAGUUAUUCCAUAUCAAGGACCAAGGGCACCAAUGCCACCUUCUGGAACGCUGAAGGUCGUUCCAUACCCGUUCACAACUACUCCAGAGCCUCGAAAGAGGGGUCCAACAUUGAUCCUGGAAACCAGUAUCGUCACAAGCGUGACCCCUACCAAUACCUCUGCUAUGCCUCAAUGGUUCCAUUCCAACGAAACUGAUGAACAAUCAGUCCCAUUAUUAACCCAGAAACUGGAACACGUGGAUACACCAGAAUACUACGACCAAUUCGAUACCUUGCCUCCCAACGAGAGUGAUAAUUUGAACGACUUGUCAUUCCUACCCAAGCUCUCGAACAUCUCAAAUCUUACCUUGUCCCAACUUGAAGACGGAAAUCUGACCCUCAAUGAUUUCUUAGCUUGGGAACAAGAAGUGGCCUCUGGAGUAGGAGAAAGUCUACAAUUCCUACCAGAAUUGGCAUUUAAUGUGAGCGUUCCUCCUGUAACCGUUAUUGUGGAUCAAACACCAUUCCAUGUGAGUGGAGAUGAUUGGUCUGGUUUGGCUAACUCCAAUAUUUCGAUCGUGCCUGUGGUUAUCAAUGCGGGGAGGAAUCACACAGACCUCACGCAACCUUUAGAAUUGGGAGGCAGAUCCAAUCUUACCAAACAAUUUGAAGAUGACUCUUUGUUCCCGAAGAGUUCAGAAGAUAACAUAGUUUUGCCGAUUUCAGUUCCUUCAUCGGGAAAUGCAACGCAAUAAAUGGACAAGUUUA